CCAAUAAAGCUACACAGACAUGCAUACUCAAACUAUCAUUCAGCAAACAUUUAAAAAACGCAUCAUGGUUUUAUGGUUGCUUACCAGUCUGCUGCUGGAGGUUGUUGCCGUUGCAGGUGUAGCCCUGGACCCUUGCUCUGCCUACAUCAGCCUGAAUGAACCGUGGAGGAACACAGACUACCACGUCAACCAGUCCUCCAGCGGGCCCCUGUGUGACAGCCACGUGUCUGGAGAAUGGUACCGCUUCACGGGUAUGGCCGGGGACGCCAUGCCCACCUUCUGCGUCUCUGAGAAUCACUGCGGCACACACGCUCCCAUCUGGCUCAACGGCAGCCACCCACAACCCCAGGAGGGCAUCGUCACCCUGCCUGUGUGUGCCAGCUUCAACGACAACUGCUGCCAGUGGAAUGCCAGUGUGGACGUGAAGGCCUGCAGCGGAGGGUACUUUGUAUAUCGCCUGCCCAGACCCUCUGUCUGCUUCCACGUUUACUGUGGCCAUUUCUAUGACAUCUGUGAUGAGGUGGACUGUGUAGGUCCCACAUGUCCCCAGUCUGACUGUCUCUGUACACCUGGAUUUGUCCUGGGACCGGACAGACAGACAUGCCUGGAUGUAAAUGAGUGUGAGAAGGGCAACGGUGGCUGUGCAGAGGUGUGUGUGAACACCAAAGGCUCCAGACGCUGUGAGUGUGUGCCGGGUCGUGUGCUGGACAAGGACGGACACAGCUGCAGAGAGAUAGCCGGCUGUCAUGUUAACAAUGGAGGCUGCAGCCAUGGCUGCUCCUCACUGCUGGACUCCUAUCAGUGCCAUUGUCCCAGAGGGCUGGAGCUGGGGGAGGCUAAACGCACAUGUCAGGUGCCAGUCCAGUGUGAUUCCGGCUCUAUAGUUGUGUCAGUUCCUAAGGACCUGGUCGAAGGCCUGGAGCUCACCCUGUCCAACUCGUCUUGUCGAGGUGUCUCCAAUGGCACCCACAUAAACCUCAGCUUCAGCCUCAAGACCUGCGGCACGGUGGUGGAGGUGACAGAUGACAAGAUUGUGGGGACCAACCUGGUGACGGGCCUCCCGAGGAACAGCCCAGGCAGCAGCAGGGACUUGAUUGUCCGCACCAGCAAGUUAGUGCUCCCGGUCACCUGCGAGUUCCCCAGGGAAUACCAAGUGUCGGACGGAUACCAGGCCAGUCAGCGCAGCUCGGCCCUGGAGCUGGCAGGCCACAGCAAGGGAGUCUUCCCCUUCUCCCUGGAGCUCUUCAAGAGCGCAGAGUUCUCGGAGCCCUACCAAACCCCGCCCCAGCUCCGCCUGCACGACUCCCUGUUCUUCGGGGUGGAGCCGAGGGAAAGAGUGGAGGGCCUCUCUGCACUGGUGGAGAGCUGCUUCGCCACACCAGGGCCAAACGCUGACCAGGCCCUCAAGUAUUACCUCAUCAAAGACGGGUGUAUCUCUGAUAAAACUGUGACACAGUACUCAUCAAAGGACCAGCUCUCAAAGCACUACCAGGUCCCUGUCUUCAAGUUCGUUGGCAAGGACAACAAACAAGUGUUCCUCCACUGCCAGGUGUUGGUAUGCGGGGCGGGGGACUCCCACUGCUCUCAGCGUUGCCGGGGGCGCGUCCGCCGCCAGGCUCGGACCAAACCUCAGGAGAAACACACACUGAGUGGAGGCCCCAUCUUCAUCCUGCCUGAUCCGUGAUGCUAACAUAUCACCAUCAACACACAGUCAGAAACAACACCAUGCAGAGUCACAUUCACUUUAAAGCAGAUUAACUGACCAUUUCAGUUUAUUUAUUUAAAUACAUAUAUACAUUGAUUAGAACUCAUUCUAAUAGAAAUGUAGAAAAGGGGCCACAUUUGAUUUGUAACAACUGCAGCAUGAAUGAUGUUUUUCUUGGUCACACUUUGAGGCAUUUCUCAGGCUUGAUUACAGUUUAAGGCAUUUGUAGAUUUAUAGAAGUUGUUUAUAUUUCACACCAUCACUGACUUAAAAAAAUACAUGAACUCUGAUAGAUAUAUUCUGACUCAUUUGCACACUUUGCAUCAGUGUGCCGAGCCUGAAAAUGAUGCAUACGCUUCAUCACUGACAAUUAAUCCAGAGUUAAUCACGUCAUUUGAACUGCAAUUAGUCAUGUAUUCAUUAAUAAAAACAAAACAAAACACCAGCAAAUAACUUAAAUUAAAAAAACACCAGCUGUAAUAGGCAUCACAUUCAUUUGACACUGACUGAAGCUCAAAGCAGAUUACCUUGAUAAAUAGCAUCACGCAACAUAGCGUCAUAGUUGAUAAAUUGUGUCUCUCCACUACAAUAUCCUUCCCAUCAGGCACUUUGUUUGGAGUCAUCAUAGUAAUUUAUGGUAAUGGGGUCAUAGAGGCCUAAAAAUUGCCUAAUUUGAAAUGGAGUAUGGAGAGUAAUAUGCAUACGCAGUUAAUUACGAUUUGGAAAGUCAUAUCCAGACACCAUUAUGUCAGUACUGCUUAUGAAUAAAACCUGUAAAAAAACUGUUAA